AGAUAACAAAAGAACUCGACGUUUUAUCAUUCUGGUCAUUAAUAUUCAUCCGCCACUGACCAGCAAGCGAUGUCCGCUGGUCUUCUAGGUCUUACGCUGAAAUGGAAUUUUCGUACAAUGGAUUAAUUUGAGCGGUCGUGUUAGGAUCAAUAUCGUAGCGAGCAAUGUGUUAUUGAAUUUAGGUUUCAAAAACACAAUUUGCUAGUAAUAGUAUAUAGUUGCAGCACAGAAGUGCGCAGUCAAACACCAUACAAUAACAGUCAAGAUUGGAAGAAGGACUGAAUACAUCGUUGGAUACAAUAUUCAUAAAGAACCAACCUAACAACCCCUAGCUGAACAUGAAAUAAAUACCGGUUGGAAAUCGAUGUUAUCGGAUUAGAGGUAGAAAGAAGGCCACAGGAGAAUACAAUGGAACUCGGGCAUCAUGCAAACACAAACCUCGGUAGUCUACUAACAAUUUGCAGGAUUGCUGUGGUCAUACAAGUCCUAAGUUGGGGCUCCUUUUGCUCUGGAAUAGAAUGCCAGGUCUGCCAAACCGUCAACUCAUUAGCCGAAUGUGACUCAACUCAAGUAUGUGCUUCUAAUGAGAUCUGUAGGACAGAGAUCAGGACCCAGGCUGCCUCGACGUAUAAGAUGGAAUGCAAGCAAGAUCAAGCGUGCCUCAAUGAACAAGAGAUUUACAAAACACAGUGCACAGGGGUAGCUGGAUCUGUUUGCGUCACCUGCUGUGAUACAGACCUCUGCAACGCCCCGACCCCCGAUCCCCCUGCAGCCACAGCCGCCACUACCAACCCGCCAACAUCUAUAGAUGCAGCCACAACAGUGACGGAAGCAGCGACAACAAAAGCUACAACAUCAGAUGCAGCCACAACAGUGACAGAAGCAGCGACAACAAAAGCUACAUCGACGCAGCCACCCACACAUCCAAUAGCUCCUUCGGGUUCAUCACACAUAAGCUCAUCACUGUACAAACUCUACAGGUCGGCACAGCAGGUCAAUCCUCAGUACGUCUUCGAUACAGGUCAGGCAGGCUCUCUCAUCGCAUGCACUAUGACCUGCGCACAGACUGCAAAUUGUAAAUCAUUUGGAUACAACAGUGUGGGUAGAUUAUGCUACAUCGUGGGAUCGGAUGCCAGUGAUCUAACAUUCACUAAUACAGCAACAUGCAACCAUUAUAUUCCGGUGAUUUGAAAUCAGGCCUUAAAAGGGCCACCCUAACAAAAACGGGCUA